GCAACACUUCGGAGAGACCAAAAAAAAAACAAAAAAAAAAUAAAGCCGGAAAAAAUUGUAUGUGAUUCGUUCGGACAAGAAGCGAUGUCGAGGGGAUCUCGGCUUCUCCUCUGUCGCGCUUCACUUUGUUACCGACUUCGCUCUGAUCAUCACCAUCGUCAUCAUCACAGUUUCUCCAAUUUCAUCAAACGUAACUCAGUUCGAACAUCGAUCAGUAUCAAUGCCUUCCUCUCAGAUCCAUCCCCGUCUCCGAUUGGUUCCAGAGUCAACACGCGCGUCUUGUUCUUCUCCACUUCAACGUCAACUCCAAAUCCAGACCAAACCACCUCUAAAUCUCAAAACAAAACCAACACGACGUCGUCGCAGAAGAUCCUCCGCACGAUCUCCAGCUAUCUAUGGAUGAGAGACGACCCAGAACUCCGUCUCAGAGUCAUCACCGCAUUAGCUUGUCUCGUGGGAGCUAAGUUCUUGAAUGUUCAAGUUCCUUUCCUCUUCAAAUUAGCUAUCGAUUCACUCUCGUCAUCAUCAUCUUCUUCUUCAAUCGCUGCUACAAACCCUUAUCUCCUUGCUGCUUUCGCUACUCCUUCCUCUGUUCUCAUUGGAUACGGAAUCGCUCGAUCUGGAUCUUCUGCGUUUAACGAGCUUCGUACUGCUGUCUUCUCCAAAGUAGCUCUCCGCACGAUACGAUCCGUCUCAAUAAAAGUGCUCUCGCAUUUACACGAUCUCGACCUUCGUUACCAUCUAAAUCGAGAAACAGGAGCUUUGAACAGAAUCAUCGAUCGUGGAAGCCGCGCGAUAAACACGAUCCUCUCAGCUAUGGUUUUCAAUGUAGUUCCCACAAUCUUGGAGAUAUCUAUGGUCUCAGGUAUAUUAGCGUACAAUUACGGAGCUGCUUUUGGAUUGAUUACUUGUGUCUCUGUUGGAUCAUACAUAGCUUUCACAUUGGUUGUGACGCAGUGGAGAACCAGGUUUAGAAAAGCUAUGAACAAAGCUGAUAACGACGCUAGCGCAAGAUCCAUUGACUCUCUCAUAAACUACGAGACUGUUAAGUAUUUCAACAACGAAGACCACGAAGCUCGAAAAUACGAUGAGCUACUCGAAACAUACGAAGAUGCUGCUUUGAGGACUCAGAAAAGCCUUGCCUUUCUUGAUUUUGGACAGAGUGUUAUAUUUAGUACCGCUUUGUCAACAUCGAUGGUGUUGUGUUCUCAAGGGAUUAUGAAUGGUCAGAUGACAGUUGGUGAUUUGGUUAUGGUGAAUGGUCUUCUCUUCCAAUUGUCUCUUCCUCUUUACUUUCUCGGUGGUGUUUACCGAGAAACUGUGCAGAGCCUUGUGGACUUGAAGUCAAUGUUCCAAUUGCUUGAAGAGAAAUCCGACAUCGGAGAUAGAGACACAGACGCAAAGCUUCCUCUUCUUGUUCUGAAAGGCGGAAGCAUUCGGUUUGAGAAUGUACACUUUGGUUACUUGCCGGAGAGAAAGAUUUUAGAUGGGAUUUCGUUUGAUGUACCGGCAGGGAAAAGUGUGGCGAUUGUUGGUAGUAGCGGAAGUGGAAAAUCAACGAUUCUUAGAAUGAUAUUCAGAUUCUUUGACACAGAUUCCGGAAAUGUUAGGAUUGAUGGUCAAGAUAUAAAAGAAGUGAGACUAGAUAGUCUUCGAAACUCCAUUGGAGUUGUCCCUCAAGACACUGUGCUCUUCAAUGACACAAUAUUUCACAACAUUCACUAUGGAAAACUUUCAGCAACAGAGGAAGAAGUGUACGAUGCAGCUCGGCGUGCAUCGAUACACGAUACGAUCAUGAAUUUCCCGGAAAAAUAUUCGACGCCGGUUGGAGAAAGAGGGUUGAUGCUGAGCGGUGGAGAGAAACAAAGAGUUGCACUUGCUCGUGCGUUUCUGAAAUCGCCUGCGAUUCUGUUGUGUGACGAAGCAACGAGUGCGCUCGACAGUAAGACCGAGGCAGAGAUCAUGAAAACGCUCAGGUCGCUAGCGAGUGACAGGACUUGCGUUUUCAUUGCACACAGGCUGACCACUGCUAUGCAAUGCGAUGAGAUAAUAGUUAUGGAGAAAGGGAAAGUGGUGGAAAAAGGGACGCACGAAGUGUUGUUGAGGAAAUCAGGGAGGUACGCCAAAUUGUGGAUACAACAAAACAGUAAAUUAGAAGGUUAAAUCUUAAGAGCCUUAUAAUUUUUUUGUUUGUUUGGCUGUCUUCUACACUAAUUUUGGAAAUUGUUAUUUGCAUAUAUAAUUUUUUGUGUAGCCUUGUUGACCAAAAAAUAAAAUUAUAUAUGUAACCUUGUGAUAGGGAAUAUCAUUUUUCUUUGUUUGUAAUUUAAUUCUUUUGUAUGAAACAAAAAUAUCUGAAUAUUUU